GCAGGAACGGCAGGAAUUGCAGGUCAAGGGUCAACGCGGGUCGACGGCAGGUCAAGCGGCAGGUGGGGUACUUACGUGCAACCGAAGUGCCACCUAGUGGCAACACGAAGAAGCUCAAGCUUUGCUUAGCAGAUUGAUCGACAGGUGGCAGUAGAAUAGCAUUUUGGCUAUUUUGGCAGCAAGAAAGCAAUAAACCACCGUCGCAAAAGUGAGCCGCAAAUGCCGCAGUUUACCUUUUGUUUUGUAGUUUACGUUGAAUGAUUGGGGCGUGAGGAAUAAGUGCGUGAGAGGGGAAGGAAGUGUGGCUUGGGGAUAAGCUAUUGAUUGCUUAGUGUCACAACGCCGGAAACUGCUCUUGAAACUGCUCACAUCUCAACUCAUUGACGGGCUCGUGCCCCUGCGCUGUCGUGGCAACUCCCGCUCCGGAGGAGCCGUCUCCCGUGUGUGAGCCCAGUGGCUGACCGCACUGCCGCCGCCGUCUGCCGACGGUACCUUCCACAAGUAACGAUGGACCUGCCGAUCUGCUCCAUGGGGCCGCAGUCCCCGCUGGAUAUCAAGCCAGACACAAACGCCCUCAUCUCAUCGUCCAGUUUCUCGCCGAUGCAGAACGCGCCGCACUCCCCCUCCAGCAUGGCCACGCCGUCGUACCCGGUGGUGCCGCCGGGCUUCCUCAACAACCAGCGGCUGUCGUCGCAGCUGCCGCCCAACCACCCGCUCUCCAACUCCAAACACCUCUGUGCCAUCUGCGGAGACCGGGCCAGCGGCAAACACUACGGCGUCUACAGCUGUGAGGGAUGCAAGGGCUUCUUCAAGAGGACAGUCAGAAAGGACCUUAGCUAUGCAUGUCGUGAAGACAAGAACUGCCUGAUUGACAAACGCCAACGUAACCGAUGCCAGUACUGCCGCUAUCAGAAAUGCCUCAAGAUGGGCAUGAAAAGGGAAGCCGUUCAGGAGGAGCGGCAGCGCUCGCUGGGCCGCGGCGGCGAGGACCAGGUCGAGUCCACCUCUGGCCAGCCCUCAGAUAUGCCCGUGGAGAGGAUCCGAGAGGCCGAGGCGGCUGUCGAGGCGCGUGACAAGGAGACCACGUUCGGACACACGGAGCUGAAUGACCAGGUGCGCGCCGCCAUGGAACACCAGCUACACCAGCUAUUCGAGUGGGCGCGGCGCAUCCCGCACUUUGUCGAGCUGAACCGGCUCGACCAGGUGGCGCUGCUGCGCGCCGGAUGGAACGAGCUCAUCAUCGCCAGCCUGUCGUACCGCUCUGUGCAGUACCCGGACAGAAUCCGACUCGGCAACGACCUCAGCGUGGGCAUCGAGCUGGCCAGCUCGGUCGGCAUGGACCCCAUCUUCGAGCGCGUGCUCGUCGAGCUGGUGACCAAGAUGCGCGACAUGAAAAUGGACCUGGUCGAGCUGGGCUGUCUGCGCACCAUCGUACUCUUCAACCCAGACGCCAAGGACCUGAAGGCGGUGGACCUGGUGGAGCGGCUGCGGGAGCACGUGUACGCCACGCUCGAGGACUACGUGCGCCAGGAGUACCCGCGCGAGCCGGGCCGCUUCGCCAAGCUGCUGCUGCGGCUGCCGGCGCUGCGCUCCAUCGGCCUCAAGUGCCGCGAGAAGAUCCUCUUCCUGGACCUGCUCGGAUGCGACCACUCGAUCGAGGCCUACCUGUCGCGCAUGCUUGACAGUCACGGCUACGUGCUGCCCGAGGCGUGAGCGGGCAGAGUGGCGGCGACCGACCCCGUGUCGGCCCUCUGCCGGGAGUGACGGAGCGCGAUACGAUCAGAGUGACGGUGCAUUGAGGUGGAGGAGCGUGGCUGCUGCAGCUGGUGGUGCGGAACUGGGCGGAGUGGUGCGGUGCCCGUCGGUAGCGUCCCGGCCGGCGGAGCCGCCCUCCGCCCACCUGCCGGCGCCCGGAGAGGCCCUCCCGGCCGACCGGCCGCUCUCCCCUGUACAGUGAUUGCGUCUGAACGUCUUCUGCUGCCAGAGCCGGUGGUUCGGGCUGUCCCGACCGGCCCGGCUCGGUCCGUGUUGUGUAGAGGUACCUGUGCUCAGCGCGUGCGCCCGUAGCGACGCGCUGCUCGUUGCCCGGCAACGAGCCGCUUGUUAACGCUCGUGGAGUAAGUUUUGUUUUUUACGUAGGAAUUUGCUCGACCUCCUCGUCUUACUUUGCGUAUGGUGUGGUGUGGUGGAUAGUUGUUUACGAUGACGCAUGAAUGCGUCCGUUGGCUGACAAUUGACAUUGUGCGUGUGAUAGUGUGUGAGUGUGCGCAUUUGCUCGCUGAUCUGAGGUGGCCCUGGCGUCGGCGAGCGGCUGGCGCGAGGCAGCUGGGGCCGCCACGGACGGCCGCGGUCAGCAGAGGGCGGCGCGGACGCCCGACACCAGAGAGACCUCCAGCGUACCUGCGUGGACAGCCGGCCCGGCGCGGCCGGCCCGUCUCUCCAGCAUUGAGCGCGUAGAAUUAGUGGCGCGGCGCCAAGCGGCGGCGCCGGCAGUGUUGGUCAAGUUUUGCGUUUGCAGGCGACUGCAAAAAUCGUGUUGGUGUGUUUUCUAUUUUUCAAGGUUGGUGUCCUAGGGAGCCGCAGCGGUCAGUCCCUUGGGGUUUGUGCAUGUGGUGGUAACUCCUGUAGCCGCGCUGACUUUUCACCUAAGUACUGACGAAACUGGUGGAGUGGUGGACGUGCGUGGGUUUGCAAAUUAUUGACCCUCAGAGCGAUGCAGUCUCAUCCAACAUCGAAACGUUGCGCGGUAUCUUGCAUGUAUAUAUCUUCGUUAAUGACUGCUCUGUGGCUAGCAUGAGAUGCUUUUAAUCUCAUAUCAUUGGGAUUGUGAUUUCUGAUUUCUCGUUUCACAAUUUAACAUGUUUCUCAAGAAUACUGCGCGUUUACAUGGAUUACGAUGUUUUUGACGUCGAUUGGAGAGCGUUCAUCUGAGGUGUUCCGGAUAGCUCGUAACGGUUGACCGGCGUUUCACAUUCUAUAGAAGUCUUAGAAGAAUACAUGGCAUUUCAAUAAUACAAA